CCCUGCACGCGCCUGCAGCCAGCUGGCUCGGUGUCGUCCACACCGCUCAGCACGCCGUGCAGCUCGGUGCCCUCGUCGCCUAGCUUCAGCCCCACCGAACAGAAGACCCACCUCGAGGACCUGUACUGGAUGGCGAGCAACUACCAGCAGAUGAACCCCGAGGCGCUAAACCUGACGCCCGAGGACGCGGUGGAGGCGCUCAUCGGCUCGCAUCCAGUGCCACAGCCGUUGCAGAGCUUCGACGGCUUCCGAGGCGCGCACCACCACCACCACCACCACCACCCACACCCGCACCACGCG